ACAAACAUGGCGGACACUGCAAUUCGAGACCAAGACAUCCUAGGCGACGCUGAGAAGGCGGGUACAGAGCAGAGAGAGAAUAUACACCAUGAGAAGCUCACCGAAGAAGAAAUGGUGGUUGCGAAGAAACUGCGGAAGAAGAUUGACGUUAGAAUCAUGCCUUUGGUUAUUCUGGUCUAUCUCAUGAAUUACAUCGAUAGAAACAAUUACGCUGCUGCUCGUCUGCAAGGCUUGGAGGAGGAUCUUGGCCUUGUAGGGAAUCAGUAUCAAGUCGGAUUGUCGAUUCUGUUUGUUGGUUAUAUUUUGAUGCAAGUCCCGUCCAACAUUUUGCUCAACUAUGUUGGUCGACCGUCGUGGUAUUUGGGUUUCUUCACUAUCGCGUGGGGUUUGGUCUCCGCAUUGACAUCGCAAGUCAGCAGUUACGGAGGCAUCGUUGCCUGUCGCUUCAUUUUGGGAAUCGUCGAAGCACCUUUCUUUGCUGGGGUCCUUUUCUACUUGUCCAAGUGGUAUACCAAAGAAGAGCUUGCAAAACGCAAUGCGAUCUUCUACUCUGGCUCGCUCGUCUCAGGCGCUUUCGGAAACCUCAUCGCUGCCGGGAUUCUUAGUGGUUUGGCUGGGAAGAGAGGAAUAUCUGCCUGGCAAUGGCUGUAUAUUAUUGAGGGAGCAAUCACUAUACUUGUGGGUAUCGCUGUAGUGAUCAUCCUACCCGAUUUCCCCGACACCUGGAAAUCCCUCUCCCCAGAGGAAAAGCACGUUGCGAACCGACGCCUGGCCAUUGACGCCGCCGAAGCCGACUUGGACGAAGCAGGCGGUAUUUCGCAGAUCCGCGGAAUCAAACUCGCGCUUCUCGACCCCAAAACAUAUCUUCUUUCGAUCGCAUACAUGGGUAUCACAGGCGCGGCAGGCUUCCAAAACUUCUUCCCCUCCCUAACCCGCACCCUUGGCUACAGUUCAACCAUCUCCCUCCUCCUCGUCGCACCCCCCUACGUCUUCAUGGUCUUCUACUCCUUCGCGCACUGCUACUACUCGGACCACAUCGGCAACCGCUUCUGGUUCCUCAGCUACCCGGUCCCCGUCAGCAUCGUCGGCUUCGUAAUCUUCAUGACCACAGACUCCUUCGGACCCCGCUACUUCUCCUUCUUCCUCAUGAACUUUGUCUUUGCGCAAAACGGCACCAUCUACGCUUGGAUCUCCUCGUCGAUCCCGCGUCCGCCCGCUAAACGCGCUGCCGCGUUGGCGUUUAUUAAUAGUAUUGGGAAUAGUGCGAGUAUUUGGACGCCGUUUACGUAUUUUCCGAGCAGUGCUCCGCAUUACCGGCCUGCGUUGGGCGUGUGCAUUGGGUUGGAGGUGUUGGCCUUGGUGUGUUUUGUCGGGUUGAGGUGGUAUUUGCAAAGGCAGAACAAGGAGUUGGAGCGGUUGGAGGGGGUUGAUGUGGGGUUGUCGGAGCGCGAGGUUAAGAGGUUGGAGAGGACCGCUGAGGUGGAGGGAGUGGAUGUUGGGCAGGCUAGGGCGCUGCAGAAGGGUUACAGGUACUUGUUGUAGAUUCUUUUUGGGGUGUGUUGAUUUUUGAAUGUUCGGGCUGGGAGUGUGUUGGAUCGACUU